AUGUCUCCAGUCCAAGUCCCAAAGCCAAACACCGACGCCAUGGGACGGGAUAGUCCAGUUCCCAAGGGGUUGAACAAAGACGUUGGUCUUGUGUACAAAAGAGCUGUUCAAGUGAUGGUGACCGUGAUAGUGAUUUUCUUUGCACCUUUGUCAUUCACCUACUUCUUUGAUAAGACACAUACAUCCAACCUGAGCGACAAAGCCCUGGCCGUCCUCAUAUCCCCAGAAUUUGCGUAUGGGGCAGGCUCGGGCACUAUGUCCGAUGUCAAUGGGAGUCAAAUGAUAGUAUAUCUGCGCAACCUCACUGCGAUGUUCCCUCACACGAUUGCUGGCUCUAUAGCCAUCACUGUUGGUCUGGUUCAAUUCAACACAACCCUACAGUUCAAGUAUCCUGUGAUCCAUCGAUGGCUCGGGAGGUUAUAUGCCCUAUGCGCCGUCAUCAUCAGUUGGUCUUCGAUGCCUUACAUAGCCGAUGCCAUGCCAACCAAGGAAGUUUUCUCCGGUGACCCCUUCGCAUACAUACUCUCGUCGCUAUCAAUCAGUGUCCCAAUAACAAUGGCCUGUGCCAUCUAUGCCAUUUGGAAUGGCGACAUUGGCACCCACCGAGAAUUCAUGGUCCUGAACUACGCAUUCAUGUUAUCAGCACCCAUCCCGCGAGUACAGUGGAUAACACUAGGUCGACUUUGGGAAGAAAACAAAUACAUCGUCAACCUAUACUCUUCAAUAUUCAGCGGCCCAUUCCUAGUCGCAGCAUCCAUAUUCUACCUCCGUCAACGACAUGUCCGCCCCUCAAACCCGCUCCUGACCAGCCUAAAUGCCCGCCUAACAGCAGCAGCGAGCGGGUUCCUCGGCCUUCUCUUUCUGCUCACCAAAGGCCCAAGCAUCACCGGAGGAUCUCACCCCAAAGCCUUCUGGUUAGCACUAGUACCACAGCUGACCUUUUAUAUGACCUUAUUCACUGCCUUCGCGCGAGCCGCAAAACGUCGCGGAGACAUGAGAUCCUAUACCGCUUGGGUAACUUACCAGAACGGGCUGAUUAGCGCACCGUUGUGGAGUGUGUUUGUCAUGUAUAUGGCUCGUGAUCGUAUGGGCUGUUCUGAGGAAAGUCUUGGGAUGAUCACUGUUUCUGGAGGUGUUAAUCAGGGAUUGUUUAUCUCGUUUAUGGUUUAUGUGUUUGCGACUUCGAAUUUGAGGAACCCGGCCAUUCGGUCUGUUAAGAGUCGCUAG